UCAAGUCGCAGACGAAGGAAGGCAAGAAAAGAAGCAGAUCUGAACAAAUUAAUAAAACCUAUUAAAAUGUCCGGGCGAUCCGUACGGGCGGAGACCCGCAGCCGUGCAAAAGAUGAUAUCAAAAAAGUAAUGGCGGCAAUUGAAAGAGUGCGGCGGUGGGAAAAAAAGUGGGUUACAGUGGGAGAUACAUCUCUUCGGAUAUUCAAAUGGGUGCCUGUUACAGAGACCAAACAGAUAUAUAAGCCCAAAGGGCCAGGUACAGCAGUGAGGGAAUUAAAGGGUUUUCCAACAGAUGUAGUAUUGGAAAAUGCUCGUUCAGUGCUACUUGAUUUUCAAGAUGACAACAGUAACCAGAGUUUCCUUUCGGAUGCCUAUCAGUCUAAUACAAAAGUGGACAGCAGUAGCAACUCCAGUCCUCAGCAUGUCAGUGAGGCAGUGAGCCCGUCUCAUGCACCUUAUUUCCGCAUGGAGGAUUCUCAACCGCCCACCCUGGGACAGGAGAGCAUGGAAGCUGAGAGAGAGCCAUCAACGACCAGCAGUGAGGUCACAGAUGAGCCCCCGACUCUAAUAAAAGAAGAUGUGUUAUCUCUAUCUGCACAGGACGAAGAGGAGGUGGUUGGAGCCCCACCGCUUAAAAGAGUCUGUACUGAACAAAACUCAAGUUUGAGUUAGCACCACUAGCUAGACAACACAGAUCAAAAGUUCAAUGAAAUUUUCAGCCAAGACAAAACACAUUGAGAGACUUUCUACAACCGUUCAAACUCCUGAGUUGCAUUCAUUUGAUCAACAAAUAAGCUUGAAAGGCUGUAAAUGUUUGUCCAUGACAAGAUUUUACUUACUUCGCUUCAGGUAUUUUCUUUUGAAGGUAAAGCAAUUUUUUAAUUGAAAAGUAAAUUGUAAAAUGCCUGUUUCUCAAUAUGAAGCGAGAAAUAACUUUAUCAUUAUAGCACACGUGAUGCACGGAGUAAUAUUUGGUGUAAUGUGCUGAAACAGUUCAGCUGUUCAUUUAUUUACAUAAAUAUUUGUUUCUCUCUUUCUUUUCUUUUUAAAACACUUCAGUGCGAACUGGUUCAGAUAAAAUCCUUUACAGUAAAAAAUAAAAAGUUGGGUAAACUUAAAGUAAAGCAUCAAGCUUUUUUUCUUAACAAAUCAAGUUGGAUUAUAAGUUCCAUAUACUCAGAACAGUAUGUUCAGCAAACUUAAAAUAUUAAUGAUUAUUAAGUUAAAUAAAUGUACAUUUUAAGAAUAGCUGUCCUUACAUUUCAAUAUUCUUUAAAAUAAUAUACAAACACACCUGGAGUCACAAGUUUGAUUCCAGGGCGUGCUGAGUAACUCCAGUCAGGUCUCCUUACCCCAUGUGACUCUACCCUCCCGGUUGCUAGGGAGGGUAGAGUCACAUGGGGUAAACUCUUCAUGGUCACCAUAAUGUGGUUUUCGCUCUUGGUGGGGCACGUGGUGAGUUGUGCGUGGAUGCCGUGGAGAAUAUAGUGAAGCCUCCACACGUGCUACGUCUCCGCAGUAAUGCGCUCAACAAGCCACAUAAUCAGAUGCACGGAUUGACGGUCUCAGGUCGCAGGAGGUAACUGAGAUUCGUACUCCACCACAUGGAUUGCCACCAUGAGGACUUAGAUUGCAUUGGGAAUUGGGCAUUCCAAAUUGGGGAGAAAAUAAUAAUAAUAAUAUACAAAGAUAUCCUUUUCUAUGCAAAUCUACAUUUCUACAUAAGAUCAUGCAUUAGCCCCACCAAGGUACCAAAUAUUUGGUCCAACUUAUUCACAUUUUUGGAAGUUAAGUCACUGUUUAAAUUCCCUCAAAUUUCCUCAUUUUCCAUGUCCGUGUGAGGCCUGGCUUUAUAGACUUAAAACAGUAAAAAGUUUAAGAAAAAAGUUUGCAUUUGACAAAGCUUCACAAUGUUUCUACAAAACAUUCCACUGAAUGGACAAUCCUACGCAGUUAUUUUGUAAAGAAAAUAAAAGUAAAUUUUGUCUAAUAGUAAGGCCAAUAUAUAAUAAUGUACAAUCCAACAUCCUGAUGAAAAUAUUACAUAUAAAUAUUUACAUACAAUUAAAGAAUAGUUCACCCAAAAUUUUUAAUUCUCUCAGCAAUAUAAGUGUGGGUGAGAAGUAGAUCAAUAUUUUUGUCCUUUUUUUCCUCCACUCUAAAUCUCCACUUUAACUUUCACUUUCAGAUGUAAAAGUGAAAGUGGAGAUUUCGUGUAAAAAAAAAAAAAAAAGACAUCAUAUACAUUAAAUAAGAAAAUAUUCCUUGUCAAAUAUUUGAGGGUGGGGGAUUAUUCUGCCUCAAAUGGACUCAGCAUAAGUGAUCAAACUAAGCAUGCUCAAAAGCCUGUAAGUUCUGCCCUCACCACCAAACUUGACAUUAUAUGUGCUCAAUUGUUUUUUUGGUAUAAAAGUUGACUUUCUUAAUCGUUUUAAGUAUUUCAUCUCUAUUUCGAGUUUUUUUUGUUUUUGUAUUUCGAGAUUUUGAGUUUAUCUGACAAAAUUGAAGUUGGAUUUUUUUUACAGUGUUGUUCUUUUGUUUUCUUUAUUUGUCUCUUGCUUUUAAUUUUGCUGCAUCCAAUCACUGAACUGUGCUUAUCUUUUAUAUUUUGUAAGGUCACCUGAAGACUGUAUUUUAAAUAUGAAGGUUUCCACAUUCAAUAAUAUUUGAAGUAUUAUUCUAAUAAUAAUAAAAAAAU